AUGGCUUCGAUACCAGUCAUCGUAAAGCACCAAGGUAAACGUCAUGAGGUCGAGCUUGACCCGUCGUCGAACGGCGAAACACUUAAGUAUCAACUGUACUCGUUAACCGGCGUCGAACCGGAGCGGCAGAAAAUUCUGGUCAAAGGGGGCCAGCUUAAGGAUGACACUCCCUUAUCCUCUCUCAAGGCCAAACCCGGCCAGACGUUCAUGAUGAUGGGUACACCGUCGGGAGGACAAGGCGCCGGAGACCUAGGUCGACCUAAGGAAGCAGUGAAAUUUUUAGAGGAUAUGACCGAGGCCGAAGCUGCAAAGGCGGAAGGGGCUACUCCUGCUGGUUUGCAGAACCUUGGAAAUACUUGCUACCUGAACUCUACGCUUCAAACGUUGCGAAGUGUUCCAGAACUCCAGCAGGAGCUUCAAAAGUAUCGGCCUUCUGCAAGCGGCAGUGGAGGCUCCAGUAUCUCUGAAUUGAGCAGUCUUGGUCUCGGCGGCCUCGGCGCUUCGAUGGAUCUUACAGCAUCUCUGCGGGACCUGUUCAAGCAAAUGUCUGAGACACAGGAAGGGUUUCCUCCUUUGAUGUUCCUUAAUGCACUGAGAAGUGUAUUCCCCCAAUUUGCACAGAAAGAUCGAAAUGGACAUGGCUAUGCUCAGCAAGAUGCCGAAGAGGCUUGGUCCCAGAUCGUAACACAGCUGCGGAAUAAGCUGAUCAUUAAGGAAGGCGAAGGCGAAUCCGCCUCCCAGGUUUCUUUUGUUGACAAGUAUAUGGCCGGAAGGUUCGAGUCGACUACCGAAUGCGACGAGGCGGCUGCAAAGGAAGUUGGUGAGCAGCCAACGGAGAGCUCUGACGUCUUCUACAAGCUGGACUGUCACAUUGGCAAAGAGACAAAUCAUCUACACGAUGGCAUAAUGGCAGGCCUUGAGGAGAAAAUUGAAAAGCGGUCUCCUACUCUGGACCGUGAUGCGGUAUAUACCAAACGCUCACGCAUAGCCCGACUGCCCAAGUACUUAGCUGUGCACUUCGUUCGAUUCUUCUGGAAGCGCGAAACCCAAAAAAAGGCGAAGAUCAUGCGGAAAGUUACUUUCCCUGCCGAGUUGGAUGUUGUCGACUUCUGCACAGACGAACUUAAGAAACAUCUCGUACCAGUCCGAGACAAGGUCCGGGAGAUUCGGAAAGAAGAAUUAGACGUUGAGCGUGCCAGGAAGCGCCAGAAGAUUGCCCAUCAGUUGGAGGAGAAAAAGGGCGAAGCAGAAUCCGAAGCUGCCAUAGAGCCGAUGCAGAAGAAGGCAGUGGAAGAAAGCGUGGAGGCGGGGAAGGCAGCUGAGAAAGACGGAGAUGCGGCAAUGACUGAUGUCUUUAAGACCGAUGCGGAAUACGAAGCAGAAAAGAAUGCAUCCAUUCUCGCUGCGAAGAAAGAGCUUGCCGAACUUUUGGACCCCAAACUUGCCUCUGACGUAGGCACCAACGGUUCGGGUCUCUAUGAGCUACGAGGUGUGAUUACGCACCAAGGUGCUAGCGCUGACAGUGGCCAUUACACUGCGUACGUGAAGAAACAAAGCAGUGGCAAGGAAGGAGAGAAUGGAAAGUGGUGGUGGUUCAAUGAUGACAAGGUGACUGAGGUGGAAGCAGAAAAAAUUGAAACCCUUGCGGGUGGUGGUGAAUCUCAUUCUGCCCUCAUUUGCCUUUACCGUGCGAUUGACCUGCCGACUGCCAACUAA